UUAAUUUCUUUAAUAUAAUGUAUUAGGAUUAACUGUUUUUCUUUGGCUAUAUAAGUCGUAGAGAUAAGUAUUUUGUUUUUCACAAGUACCAACUGAGGAAAUUACUAGGUGAGGUGAAUACUGUGUGUGAGUUGUGGUGGGCUGUACCAUUGAUCACUUGGAAGUGAAAACAUGGACAUGGUGGUGGAACCACAACAGCAACUUGACACAGAGUUAGUCAAUAAGAGUUCGUGGCUAAACCAAGAGGAUGAAGAAGAAGAAGAGGUGGGUGUGAACCUGUUAACAAGGCACUCUAGCUCAAGCCAUCCACCGCUCAAUGGAGUCGGAGCUGGGGAUGAGUUUGAGCCUGAGCCUGAGCCUGUCCCUGUCUCCGCCCCUACCAGUGGAACCACAAGUGAAAGCUCUGACCAAGAGGAGGAAGACAAAGGCGGUGUUCGAAAUGAAGAGAUGCGUGGUGAGAAGGGAGAUGGAAACAGCAUUUACUAUGACAAAAUUGAAGGAACAUGGAAAUGUCGCCAUUGCAAUUGGACCCAUCAAAAUGGAAGUCCUUCUAUAGUUGAUAUCGAGAGUCAUGAGGGGUACUUCCACAAGGCAAUGAAUACAAAAACGUUAAACCAGUGGGGACCCUGUUUUAGUUUAGAAACUAAAGGCGCUGAAUCCAUCAAUGAAACUUAUGAAAUGCAAUCUGAAAUUACAAAAACCUUGACCAUGGAAGUCAGUCAUCAAACGGUGAGAAAUGUAGAGGAUCAGAAAGGCUUUGGUUUGAGCCCUGCCCCGGUUGAACAUUUACAUGAAGAAGCAAAUGGAAGCUUCAAGCAUUUUGAAAAAGAGGCCAAAGUAGAUGCCAAUGUUGACUUAAAUGGAGAAAUCAGAGAGGAUUUGUACUGUCCAAAUGGAAGUUUCAAGAACAUUGAGGAAGAGACCAAAGAUGCUAACAUUGACUUAAUCGGAGAAAUCGAAGAGGAUUUGAUGGACUUAGAUGUUGAAGGGGUUUUAGAGAAACAAAAUACACAUGAUUUGUACUGUCCAAAAUGCAAUUCUUGUAUUACAAAAAGGGUGAUCCUUGUUAGAAGAAAACCUAAAGUUUCAAUACGCCACAAACCAAAGCGUGGCAAAAAGCCGGAUCUGAUUCCUACUUCUGCAGGUUUUAUUGUCAGUGGUGACACGCCUGAAAUACAUUCAGAUCCUAGUCCAGCAGCAGCACCUGACGAGCAAGAUGCCAGUAGAGAACAAGAACAAGAAGCAUUCAGCUGCUUAUCAUGCUUCAGCCUUUUCAUUCCUAUAGGAAAUGGUUGUUUCAAGAUCUUUCAGUUCUUCAGAGGGGGGAGACAGACUGAACACACCCAAAGUCCACAAGAGAUAAGGCAGAGGGAACACUCAGAAAGUACCGAAGGAACCAACCUGAGUGAAAACAAUCUAAGUCCACAAGGAACAAACCUGAGUGAGAACACACCAAGUCCUUCAGAGAUUAACUCGGAGGGAAAAACACAAAGUCCUCUAGAGAUAAGCCCAGAGGGGAAAACACAAAGUCCUCAAGGUAUUAGCCAGAACGAGUACCCAGAAACUCCUCAACUGAUAAGCGGCAAUGAUGACACACAAAGUCCUCAGAAGAGAAGCCAUGAUGCAAACAUGAGUAGUCCUCAAUGUAUAAACAAUAAUGAAGAUGCACAAAAACCUCAAGAUAUAAUCUGGAAUGGAGGUACACAAAGUCCUCAAAAGAAAAACCGCGAUGCAAACAUGAGUAGUCCUCAACAUAUAAAUCCUAAUGAAGAUGCACAGAAAGCUCGAGAUAUAAACCGGAAUGAAGAUACACAGAGUCCUCAAAAGAUAAGCCGCAAUGAAAAUGCACAGAAUCCACAAGAUGUAAACCAGAAUGACAGCAAGCAAAGACCUCAAAAGAUACCUACAGAGAAAACAAAUUGGAUUUUAUCGAUUUUUGGAUAUUAUAAGAGCAAAGGAGAAUAUCCACCUGUUCAAGCUGGUCAUGCUGUAUCAGUGCAAAGUGCUGCAGUGCCAACCCCAUCAGUUAUCAACGGUGAACAUAUAGAUGCGACAGCUAUAAAACUCAAAGAACCUGGAAUAAGUGACAUAUUUUCUUCGACAGACAGCUCUCUACUUGGCAAGCUGAAAGGUGAAUCUACUGUGCAGAAGCCAGAUGCUGACUUGUUUCAGAGAAAUAUUGCAGGUGAGAAUGACAUAAAGGAUAUUGAAACUGGGUUACUCGAGCCAUUAUUACAUCCCAGUGUGGAAGUGCCACCUUCGUCUCAAACAAUAACAGAAACUGAAUAUAGAGGUACUGAUGCUGGUGAAGUUCGUGAAUGGGAAAUUCUGAAAAGUAUCGUCUAUGGUGGAUUAAUUGAAUCAAUCACAAGUUUAGGGGUUGUGUCUUCUGCAGCCGGUGCUGGUGCCGGUACAUUGAAUGUUUUGGCUUUGGGAGUGGCAAAUCUGAUUGGAGGACUUAUCGUCAUUUGUCAUAAUCUUAGGGAACUGAAAAAUGACCAACCUCGAGCUUCUGAUGUUGAGGAAGAUCGGUACCAAGUGCUGUUAGGACGGAGACAGAAUUUCAAACUGCAUGCAUUUGUAGCUAUUUUAUCAUUCCUCAUAUUUGGCUUGGUUCCUCCUGUCGUCUAUGGCUUCUCGUUUCGCAAUAGCGAUGAUAAAGACUUCAAGCUAGCAGCAAUGGCCGGUGCUUCUCUAAUAUGCAUCAUUUUGCUUGCACUAGGGAAAGGUCAUGUUAGAAAACCAAACCGAGCUUAUUUCCGAACUGUAUUUUAUUACGUCAGCCUUGGGAUAACGGCGUCUGGCAUCUCAUACGUAGUUGGUCAACUGUUGAAAAAACUCGCCGAGCAGCUCGGUUUGUUUGACUCGAGUUCAACUGUCAGCAUGCCGUUUUUGGAGACGAUACCAAUGGAGAUGGGAAGGGCAUCCUAUUGAAAGUUAUGGGAUUGGAUUCCGAAGGAAUUUUGAAGAGAAUGAUGGCAUGAGAGCAUCAAUUCUCAGUGAGUCACAUAGCAUGUUUUUAGCUUUUUUCUUUUUUGUUGGUACAUUUUAUAUUCUCUUCAGCGACUUGCAUUUUUAGCUUUGUGGCGACGAACAAACUUAUUGAAGAAAUAAGUAAAAUUUCCCGAAAGUUCUUCA